AUGCCUCCUCGACGAAUCUCGGUGGACAAACCGCUCCUGCAUCUCAACUGCAGUCUGGGCGAAGGGCCCAUAUAUGACCCCGAGACGUCGGUCCUACACUUCGUCGAUAUUGAGAAAAACAAGGUCUAUCACUAUAACACAGCGUCGGGGACGUUGGACUGUCAGCAGUUCGAGGAGUCCAUCACCUGCCUUGCGCUGCGCCGCGACCAGGAAGGCCUUGCUUGCGCCACGACGCAUGGGUUCGCCGUUAUCGAGAACUCAAAAUUGCGAUACCUCAGCCGGCCUCUCCCAGCAGACUUUCAGCCAUUCACUAGAUUCAACGACGGUGCCUGUGACCCGCAGGGUCGCUUCAUUGCGGGAACCUUGUUCAACAAAACCCACGGCAUUCCAGGACAGCUCUACAUCUAUGACCCCGACCGCGACACCUGUAGGGUGCUUGAUCCCGGGCCGUUCACGGACAGUAACGGCGUAGGCUGGCUGGACGAUGGCAAAACCAUGCUGUUCACGGACUCGUUCGAGAACAAGAUAUACGCCUACGAUUACACCGAUGGGCAAGUAUCCGGCAGACGGGUAUUUGUAGACGCAAUGUCACAAGGUCUGCCCCCGGGAACGUACCCCGAUGGCCUCUGCAUCGAUAAGGACGGCGGGGUGUGGUCGGCACGCUGGGGCGGGUCCAGGAUCAUCAGGUACUCUAGAGACGGGGAGAUGGAUCUCGAGGUCUUCUUCCCAAAGGCGCUCAAUAUCACGGCGUGCACAUUCGGAGGGCCGAACGGUGACCAGCUCUACGUGACCACCGCGCACUGUGGGGCGUGUGGAGGUGAUGCCACCCGGCAGGCCGACUACCCUGAUUCCGGUAAUUUGUUCGUGGUCGACUUAUCGGGUGCAUUCGUCGGCGGUGAAUGGCGGUUCAAGUUCGCGGGCUAAGGGCUCACGGGACGCGCGGCACAAGGGGGGUCUUGCUUCUAGAGCGGAAUGUGGGUGCAGUGGUGCCGUCAAGGUGUUGUAAGAGAGGGUGCCUUUCGUCACCGAUUCGAAGUCACCGUCCUCGGUGUCAGUUCCUGGAUGCGAAUGUAUGGACAUUUCAUGGCUUGCAGAUGGCGGGGUUCGAGGUGCUUGCGCUUGCAGUGUAAGACGUCAAGAUCUGCGGCUCCUAUCGAACACGCUGAGUUAAUCGACGGCCUCUACGACCC